GUCGUGUUCUGGACGUUUCUGUCGAUGACCGACAUCUGACAACAUGGACUUGACACUGCUGGCCACUUGCUUUUUGCUCGCACUUUGUCUUAAGGAUGUAGAUGGACUGAAGGCACGUUUAGUACAAGGGACAAAUAACUCGGAGACAUCUAAAGGUCGUCUAGAAAUUUUACACAAUGGAGCAUGGAGCACAGUGUGCGACGACAGAUUCGGAAAAACAGAGGCAGAGGUGGCCUGUAGGAUGCUGGGCUUCAACACCGCUCGAUCCCUGGCUGUGAGAUCAUCAAUGUAUGGACAAGGCUCAGAUUCAAUUCUAUUGGAUGACGUGAGGUGUCAAGGGUCAGAGACUGACCUACUCCAAUGUCAACACAGAGGACUGUACACACACAACUGCAAGCAUGACGAGGACGUCGGAAUUAUCUGCACCGACCAACGAGAGCAAGUGCGUUUGACAGGCUCACAAUUAACUGACAGAGGUCGAGUAGAACUACAACUAGGAAGUGAGUGGUUCACAGUGUGUGUCCCUGACGACAAUUUUCCGAAAGUUGUUUGUAGACAACUCGGUCUUCCAAUUGAAGAAGCAUCCAUUAUGCCGGGCUCGUUAUUUGGACAAAGUCAGUCCCAGCAGCUAAUGGUUCAAUUUGCUUGCAAGGGGGAAGAGACCAGCAUCCUCGACUGUGACCAACUUACGGACAGUGAAUCUUGCAGGAAACUGGACAUUGGCGUCAUAUGCUUCCAGUCUGUGCAGUCUAUCGCACGUUUGGUUCAAGGGACGUCACCGUGUAACGGUCUUCUUGAAGUCUUAUACAACGGAAGUUACGCCCCCGUGUUCACAGAUCAAUUGCGUAUCUACGUAGCGACGGUGGCAUGCAGAACUCUCGGCUUUAAUAGCUCUAGGGCACUAGCUGUGGAUUCUUCAAUGUUCAAGUCCAUUCCUAGAAAUCAGUACAUUCAAAUCAACUGUGGGGGCACAGAGUCAAGCUUGACUCAAUGUCGCCACACAUUGUGGGACAAUGAUUUAAAAAGACCGUACGGAUUUGGUCUCAUCUGCAGCAAUCACCAUGAACGACUGCGCCUUAAAGGAACAAGUCGCACUAGACAGGACAUGGGGCGUGUGGAGAUACAAUUAGCUUAUGAGUGGUAUUCACUAUUGGUCUAUAACUACGAUCUAGCCAAAAGGGUUUGCCGCUUACUCAAUCUACCCUGGAAAGAAGCAGUGCAGUUAUGGGAUUCACCUGGACAAAUGGAAAAACCAGAACUUCGUAACAUAUUAGUUUGCUUUGGUGAAGAAGUCAGCCUACUCGACUGUCUCCAUGUUCCUGUCGGCAAUUCUGAAUAUUCCGAUUCAGAUUUUUUCGGUGUCUUUUGCAGCAACUCACCUUCUCUACUAAUCCAUCCAGGCGAAAUAAUGUAUCCUUUCGAUGAAGGAACGAAUGUAACAUUAAAGUGUGGGUACAGAAAAUGGACUCUAUACAACGUCACGUGGCCAGAAAAUGCCGGAGGUGUAUCUAAUGGAAAUGAGCUGAGGAUAGACAAAGUGACCAGGGCACACAAUGGGAGUCAUGUGAAGUGCGAGGCCAUGUACAAUGCAGGAAAUCUUCAAUCAACAAGUCUCACGAGCGACACUCUGGAGUUGCAGGUUUACUACAAGCCAUCUAUACUGAUAACCUCUAACCUGACCACGUGCAGACCACAGCCACCACAGAACGUGUGUGUUGUGACUCACAAUACCAGUGUCACUAUUGUGUGUGAGGCUGACAGCAACCCACCUCCUGCUAACAUCACCUGGUCCGGGCCUGUCAGCAGUGGAACUCAAGAGUUACAUCUCACACCAGCAAACUCUUCUACACACCAAGGUCUCUACACGUGUAGUGUCUUCACUCAGGAACUUGAUGGGGAUAAACGACUGCCUCUAUCGUCAAACUAUACAUUUUCUGUGAUUAUUCAAGACCGACCAGCUGUGCUGAGCUUCCAGCUGAAUAAUGUAGACAACAAAAGUGUGACUGUCUCUGAGAACUUCAAAGUCAAAAUGUCUUGUCUGGCCAGUGGAAGGCCUAAUAUGGUAAUAAUGAAAGAACUAAACAAAGAGAAGCUUCAGAUACAAUCACAAGAAGAUAUCAUGUCUAUUAAAGGAGAAAAAAACUAUUUGAACCAUUCGAUCUCGAACGUCGCGUGUCAGCAGUCAGGUGACUACAGGUGUGAGGUAAACAACGAUCUGGGAAAUGACAGUCAGACUGUCAGACUGCUAGUCCAAUGUGCUCCGAAAACAGAGACUCAAGUUGUGGUUCCAUCUGUAGACAUCAGUAGCAAUGAAAGACAUUUCAGUAUUAAUUUGACAUCCUACCCCGCGCCACAACUUACAAACGUGACUCACCAAUCAGUCGACGGAAAAGUCAGGCCGCGCAACUCGUUCUUAAACAAACUACAAGUGACGUGGAGGUCCAUGCCUGCUACCCCAGCCUCGGUGACCUGUGACCUCAGUGUGGCUAACGUCACCCAGGCUGAUACAGGCCUUUACACGAUUGUCUUCAGCAACAGUCUUGGCAACACUUCUUUCAAUUUCUUACUUACGUCUAAAGGUGUGUGGAAGUGGCAAUUAAACUAUGUCAUGAUGUCACAUUAAUCGUGAAAAAACACAACACUCUUUUGAUUUUAUACCCUUUGCAUGUUUGUGAAAUUGUUGAACAUACGGUUUCCAUAUGAUGCACAAACCUCAAUAUAUCAAACUGUUACGUCUUCCAUUCCGUGUGAAACCGUUAUAACGGGCAUCAGUGUCUUACAAAUUUUGUACCUGUAAUUUUUUUUCGGACGGACUUGGCAUGGAAGUCAGUGCUAAAUAAACUUUUUGUAAGUAAUAUUUUUUAUUACAUAUUAAUAUACUUUAACAAUAUGUUAUAUAUUUUAUACAUAUAGUAAACUUUUAUAUUUUUACCAUAGACAGUUGUCUAUAGUAAUGUAUGUAGGUUGAAGUGUUAAUAAUUUAAAUUUUAACAAGAUACUAGUUGAUAAAAAAGUGUAUAUUUCACAUAAGUUUGUAAAUGAUUUUAUACAUGAGAAUCUGCUUCAAAAUUUUCAGGUUGUAAACACAAAACAAAAUACUCAGCUGUUCUGCCGUUGGGUCUUCUUUACGAAUGUUUCAGUGGAAACCAUCAAGAGAAACCAGCCAGACUUUUUUUUUCUCACCUCUUAUAGAGUAUAGAGUACAAUAGAUAAAAGCAAAUGAUAUUUGUAUUUAAAAAAAUGGUUGCAUAAGAUGUGGAUGAUGCAAUUAUUUUAUUGUUUUGCAGGUGAUUUACAAAAAACCCGAACAAACUUCAAAUCGACAAGUGAUUCAGCGCAGAUGUCACAGGCUCUUGAUGUUUGUGGGUACAGAGGGUCGGCUAUGCACGUAGGUGAGCGUGAUUUCACAAGUAAAAUGUUAGUAUAACCUGUCUUUAAUCUUUUUCUUCUCAACUUGUGUUGCAGGGUUAAAUAUUGAGAGGAACUUCCUUGACUUCGAUAUCAACCUAAACAUUCUGCAAUGUUAUUUCAAAAUUCACCGGAUCACAUGGAGAUUAAUGGACUCAUUAGUGACAGAGGAAACUCGAUGUUAAUUAAGCCAUGGAUAAUGCACUGUGGAAAACUGACUUUAAGAAAAUUGUAAGAACAGAGACAUCAGGUUGUUUUAUACACGCUGCAAGCAUAUUUCAGUUUGCAUUUUCUUUUUCAUAAACUGAAGAUUGCUAGUAUAAAAUGUCGUUCAAAAUACUGUAUAAUGUGACAAAGAAGACUCUAGUUGUGUGUAGCUGUGUAUUGACAUCACCUUUUUGUAACAUACAAAAUAUUUUUUUAAGAGAGCAUAUAUUAAUUUUUAAUGUCAGUGUCAACAGGUUUUAACAAAUAUCACAGAAUAAAGGAAUGUG